UUUUGUAGGAAGUAAGCGGAAAUGUCUCAGUAUCGCGGCUGGACUUGUCGAUGGUGGACAAACGAGCAAAGCGUUUGAAAUCCCCUCUAGCGGAGCAGAGGGCGAGAGGGUCCGUUCCUGCAGUCCAGCUCAAACAUGGCGGGCUGUGGAGGCGACGUGAUGCGCUCAUGGUCCGGAUCUAAGACCGACACCAGAUCCUCAACGGCGCCGGCGUCCGAAGAGGAGAAGCCGAGGAAGAGGAGGAAAGCUUUCUGCCUGGCGAGGAUGAAGUCCCGCAACAGCUCCGAGAAGCAGCUUCAGCGGCGGCGGCAGCAGCAUCAUGAGCCCGCCGCGAACAACAACAACAACACGCCGUUCGUGAUCCACUGCCAGAUCGGCAAGGAGAUCAAACACAUCUGCAGCAACUGCCGGGGAGCCGAGCCGCUGGACGCUGAGGAAGUGGAGAGGCUGGCGGCGAUGCGCUCUGAUUCGCUGGUACCGGGCACGCACACGCCUCCCAUCCGGCGGCGGAGCAAAUUCGCCACUCUGGGUCGUCUGUUCAAACCCUGGAAGUGGAGGAAGAAAAAAAGUGAGAAGUUUAAGCAGACCUCUGCAGUGUUGGAGAGGAAAAUGUCCACUCGCCAGAGCAGAGAGGAGCUCAUCAAGAAAGGACUCCUGAAGGAGGUUUAUGAGAAAGACGGUACAUCUCUGACUGUCCGGGAGGAGGUGAAGAUGGAGAACGGGCGUUCCCCGGUGCUCGGCUCCAGCCUGUCGGAGUCUGAAGGUAGUGAGCUGAUGGAAGGAGCAGCAGCAGCUGUAGUUCUUUCCUCAGGUUCACUGGAGUUUCAAAUGGCCAGUGAUGGUGCAAGCCAACAGGACCACACCCAGAAGUCCAGUCAGGCUCCGCCCACAAAGAAGUCCACCGUAUAUCCAGCUGAUGCCGCUGAAUCACUCCUCUCCAGACCUCCAACGCUACACAAACAACCUCCCGCUCUGCCGCCCAAACCUUUCAGCAGGCUACCCAAUCAUAUUACAGACGGUGCCCCUGUGAAGUUGCCAUGCAUGUCGGCUAAGUUAUCUCCUCCUCUACCUCCAAAGAAGCUCAUGAUCUCCGUACCUGCAGGGAGCAUGGAGCCCUCUUCUCUCGCCUUCCAGAAGUGCCCCGCCCCUCCCAGCCAUGCUCCAAUGGGGGCACACUCUCUGCAGUACGGGACGCUGCCCGUUCCUCACCACCCUCCCAGCCGAAUCAUAGAGGAGCUCAACAAAACCCUGGCCCUCACCAUGCAGAGGUUUGAGAGUUCCAUGAUGCACGCUGUCCCCACGGUGAUGAUCGAGUGCGACGACGACAAAGAGAACCUCCCCAACGAGGCGGACUAUGAGGAUCUGCCGGGCAUGUACAAGGAUGAGGAAGAGGAGGAGGAGGAAGAUGAAGAGGAAGAAGAUGAGGAGGAGGAAGAGGACGAUGAGGAGGAAGAUGAGGAUGAUACACUGUUUACAAGCACACUGGCUAUGAAGGUCUUACGAAAAGACUCUCUGGCCAUCAAGCUGAGCAACCGUCCAUCCAAACGGGAGCUGGAGGAGAAGAACAUCCUGCCACUGCAGUCAGACCAGGAGCGGCUCGAAUCACGGCAACAGACGGCCACCAAACUGACGAGACGGUUGAGUCAAAGGCCGACAGCAGAGGAGCUCGAACAGAGGAACAUUCUGAAACCUCGAAAUGAUCUGGAGGAGCAGGAGGAGAAGAGGGAGAUAAAGAAACAUCUAUCGAGAAAGCUCAGCCAGAGGCCCACAGUAGAGGAGCUGAGAGAGGCGAAGAUCCUCAUUCGCUUCAGUGACUAUGUGGAGGUCGCCGAGGCUCAGGACUACGACAGGAGGGCAGACAAGCCGUGGACUCGGCUAACAGCUGCCGACAAGGCUGCCAUUAGAAAGGAGCUGAAUGAGUUUAAAAGCACAGAGAUGGAGGUGCAUGAGUCGAGCCGUCAUUUGACCAGGUUUCACCGGCCAUAAAAUGGCUCAGAGAGACCUCAACCAUGUUUUUACACUCCCAUAGAAGUCUCAAGUGUUCGGACUGCUACCUGCUGCCCUUGUACUGUUACAGCUUUCCAACAUCAACUCUGAACUGAUGGGUUGGCUUCAUCACACAAGUUUGAGCCAUUACAGGAAACGGGAGAAAAACACUGAGAUGGAUUAAUCUAUGACUGUCGUCUCCCCUCUGCGGAGAUUUUGGUGACUUCUUGAUAUUCAAAAGCUUUUAAUUGUCAUUUUUUUAUGAUGAAGAGGUGGUAAUAUGUUUACGUUGCAGCACUUCUGUUUUUUAACAAGGCUAUUGAAGGUCCAACACAGGAUCUGUGCCAAUGUUACAGGAUGGGAAUGGUAAGAGAUGAACACAGGGUUUUUAU